AUGUUUCAACGUCAACGAAGACAACAAAGAGAAAAUGUUGGAGUUUAUCUCCUGGCCAUGCAGCUCCUCAGCGCUGGCCCCAUUCCUCCCAUAACUCUUGGCGCUAUUUUAUUACAAAUCGCUGUUUUUCUUGGCUACGUACCGUUUUUGGACUCAGAUAAAACUAAGUCGUUGUGUCUUUUACCCACCAAAAUAAUUCAAAAUGGUGAAUGGUAUCGUUUGAUUUUUCCUGUAAUAAUGCAUGGUUCCGACAUGCACUUGUACUAUAACAUGAUAUCGCUUCUGUAUAAGGGUAAAAAACUUGAAAAGAAGCUAGGCUCAUCAACGUUCGCAUGCAUUUUAUGCGUGUUUACUAUUGCCUCCACAUGUAUGACUGUUGCAGUCAGCAGUCUUUUGGAUACAUUUGUUGGAACAGAGUUCAGUAGACAGUGUGCUGUAGGAUUCUCAGGUGCGUAA